UCCGCGGACGGUAGCCGGUUUGGCGGAACUGACGGCGACGAAGGCGCCGAAGGAUGGAGGCGGUGGUUUUCGUCUUCUCGCUCAUCGAUUGCUGCGCCCUCAUCUUCCUUUCCGUCUAUUUUGUAUCCUUGCCUCUAGUCGGCUGUCCUGGCCGGGAUUCCGUCCGCAGCCUUCGGGCGUGGCGUGGCGUGGCGUGGCGGGCCUCAGGCCUGGGCAGCGGGGAGCCCUAAACUCGGGGCUGAGCGGGUGCGGGCGGGGAAAGUGGGGGGGCCGCCGCGGAACCGGGGUGCACGCGGGCCAGGAACUCCGUCGAGAGCGAGGCGGACUGGGGGUCAGGGGUGGGUGUGUCGGGCGCAGGAACUAUGGGAGCCGCUGCUCAGAUUCUGUUAUUCAGGCCUCUGUUGGGGAGACUGGGGUGUCUCCCCGGCUGGGCCCCCUUCCUGCCCAAGCCAAAGGUGCAGCUCAGCCGAGGAUGAUUCAUUACCUUGGUCCGUCCCUCCGCGCUCUUCUUGGAGGAAGUGGGUGGUACCAGAAUUGAUUGGCCACACUAUUGUUACUGUAUUAAUGCUUAUUUCAUUGCACUGGUUCAUCUUUCUCCUCAAUUUGCCUGUUGCUACCUGGAAUAUAUAUCGGUUCAUUAUGGUGCCAAGUGGGAAUAUGGGAGUUUUUGAUCCUACAGAGAUACACAACCGAGGGCAAUUGAAGUCCCACAUGAAGGAAGCCAUGAUCAAGCUUGGUUUUCACUUACUUUGUUUCUUCAUGUACCUUUAUAGUAUGAUUCUGGCUUUGAUAAAUGACUGAACCUGGAAGGAGAUGCCUAAGUUGGAGUCUUACACUACAGUGAACAGUUGAGGAGCCAGAGAUGAGUUUAGUUCAUACCUAGAACCGUGUCCAUUAAGCAGUAUAUUUUUUUCCUCUUUGGACAAAACAAACAAACAAACAAAAAAACCAACACAACCUAUUUUUGCUGUAUUUUUACCACAUAAAGUAUUUAAAAAACA